AUGAACUUUCUCAAAAAGUUUAUAGGAGCAUCGCCCAUCGACGAGGUGGCCCUGAUUCCGUCUGGUAAACUCUUCCUUACCAGAGCGCCUUUCCUGCCCAAGGGAGCCCUAGAGUGCUUAUACAACGAUGCCCUUAUCAAGAUUAAGAAGACAACGAAGGAGCACUACUACCAGAUUUCCAUUAUCAAGGCGUGCCUGGAGGGCGAACUAAACCUGGAAUCUGUCGACGACGAGGGAGACGACGGAGAGUCGGAUGAUAGUAAUGAGGACAGCGGAAACAACGACGAAAAGGCGUUUUCCAUUGACCCUGAGCUCAAAUUCCGUGUCUACACCAAGAGUGACGGAACACAGGCAAUCUCAUGGAAGGACGUGAACGGAGAUUUGGGCGACCGCUUUGAAUUCUCCGUCGACGAGGAUAUCAAGUACACCGAGGUGGACAACUUCACGUUUAGCUUGUACAAGUGUUUGUAUGAGCUUCGGUACCAGAAGUCUGCUGACGACAUCACCGACAUAAGCCAGCUCUCUGAGUUUGUGUAUGACCCUACUACUGACGACGAGGCUGUGGAGAUGGACAGGUUCUCUCGUUUUGCCAUGUCGUGUGCGUCCUCGCAAGAGCUACGGUGA